GCAAGUGGCAACGUGGAAGCAAAAGUAGUAUGCUUUUAUAGACGACGUGAUAUUUCCAACACACUUAUAAUGCUCGCAGAUAAGCAUGCUAAAGAAAUUGAGGAAGAAUCUGAAACAACAGUUGAGGCUGACUUGACUGAUAAGCAGAAACAUCAGUUGAAACAUAGGGAACUCUUUUUGUCACGCCAGUAUGAAUCUCUGCCUGCAACACAUAUCAGGGGAAAGUGCAGUGUUGCCCUUCUGAAUGAGACAGAAUCAGUAUUGUCAUAUCUUGAUAAAGAGGAUACCUUCUUCUACUCAUUGGUCUAUGACCCCUCAUUGAAAACGCUAUUAGCUGACAAAGGUGAAAUCAGAGUGGGACCUAGAUAUCAGGCAGACAUUCCAGAAAUGCUGUUAGAAGGAGAAUCAGAUGAGAGGGAACAGUCAAAAUUGGAAGUUAAAGUUUGGGAUCCAAAUAGCCCACUUACGGAUCGACAGAUUGACCAGUUUUUAGUUGUAGCACGUGCUGUUGGGACAUUCGCUAGAGCCCUGGAUUGCAGCAGUUCUGUGAGGCAGCCUAGUUUGCAUAUGAGUGCUGCUGCAGCUUCCCGAGACAUCACCUUGUUUCACGCUAUGGAUACAUUGUAUAGACACAGCUAUGAUUUGAGCAGUGCCAUUAGUGUCUUAGUACCACUCGGAGGACCUGUUUUAUGCAGAGAUGAAAUGGAGGAAUGGUCAGCCUCUGAAGCUAGCUUAUUUGAAGAGGCACUGGAAAAAUAUGGCAAAGACUUCAAUGACAUACGGCAAGAUUUUCUUCCUUGGAAAUCGUUGACUAGCAUCAUUGAAUAUUAUUACAUGUGGAAAACUACUGACAGAUAUGUGCAACAGAAACGUCUAAAAGCUGCAGAAGCUGAAAGUAAACUGAAACAAGUAUAUAUCCCAACUUACAGCAAACCAAAUCCCAACCAAAUAUCCACUAGUAAUGGGAAGCCUGGUGCUGUGAAUGGAGCUGUGGGGACCACGUUCCAGCCUCAGAAUCCUCUUUUAGGGAGAGCCUGUGAGAGCUGCUAUGCUACACAGUCUCACCAGUGGUAUUCCUGGGGCCCGCCUAAUAUGCAGUGUAGAUUAUGUGCAAUUUGUUGGCUUUAUUGGAAAAAAUAUGGAGGCUUGAAAAUGCCCACCCAGUCAGAAGAAGAGAAGUUAUCUCCUAGCCCAACUACAGAGGACCCUCGUGUUAGAAGUCACGUAUCCCGCCAGGCCAUGCAGGGAAUGCCAGUUAGAAAUACUGGGAGUCCAAAGUCUGCAGUGAAGACCCGCCAAGCUUUCUUCCUUCAUACUACAUAUUUCACAAAAUUUGCUCGCCAGGUCUGCAAAAAUACCCUCCGGCUACGGCAGGCAGCAAGACGGCCGUUUGUUGCUAUUAAUUAUGCUGCCAUUAGGGCAGAAUAUGCAGACAGACAUGCUGAACUAUCCGGAAGUCCACUGAAAAGCAAAAGCACUAGGAAACCUUUGGCAUGUAUUAUUGGGUAUUUAGAGAUCCAUCCUGCAAAGAAACCUAAUGUAAUUCGAUCUACACCAAGCCUGCAAACCCCAACUACCAAGCGGAUGCUAACAACUCCAAAUCACACAUCUCUGAGCAUUCUGGGGAAAAGAAACUAUAGUCAUCACAAUGGUCUGGAUGGGGUACUGAAGCAGGACUCAGCAUGUCAGCAACAGGCUCAGAAGAGAGAAAAGCUCAUGAAGUGAAAGCACAGCUCUGCUCCAUCCUGCAGCCCUUCCUCGGCAUGCCCUGAGGCUGUGAAGAACUCACGUGCUGUGUGUCAGACUGAGCUUUCCCUGAUUCAUUCUACAAUCCAAGACUUGCUGCACUGUCCUGCUGAUGUUCACAGUCGUGCCUGGGAAGGAGGCAGCCCCACUCCCAGUACAUUUCAGUGGGAGACCUCUGCGUGCAUCCAUGGAGACGCAAUGGGGCGGGGAAGGAACUGUGGGAGUGCACGUUCCAAAUCCUGUGUCUCCACGUGUGGAUCAGCAGCACUUUGCUUUCUUGUCAGAGACCUCGCUGUUACAGAGCGAGACCUGCUGAGAAGUGAGGGGCUGAGGGAACCCCUCCACCUCCUCCCUUCGGCAGCACCCUGCGCCCCUCCCAGCAACAGCGGCCACUUGGCAGUGGGGCUGCUGCAAGCUCAGAGCCGCUGUCACCCUGCAUGUGUCCGCUUAGCUCGGUCUUAUGCUGUAUAGUUACUAAAUAUGUACAGGAGGGCCGUGGCAUCUUUCUGAAUGGAUUUUUCUUAAGAAAUGUGCCAGUGUUUAUGAGGUUCAUGGUAUUUCCCUAUCCUUGCUGUUACCGUCACUCAGCUUUUUCUCCAUAGGCUUCACACUUUUUUUUUUUUUUUGAAAUGGGGGAAUCUGCUGUUUGCCCCCGGCAUUCCUAUGUGUGACCCUCCCUCCUACUCCUCCAAGGAACAGAGUUGCCUGAGGUUCUGACAAAAGAUAAGCCUGUAAACUCAUCAUCUGUGUUUUGUAGUUGGAGAGAAGCUGGUGUUCUGCCCAGCUCUGCUUGGUCCCAGACAGCUCCAGCAAGAGCAGGUGUUAAAAGCGCCAAGCGUGUGUAUCACUGUGACAAGCCGUUUGCUUACUGCCCUGUUCCCUUGCAGCCAAACCAGCUGAUGAAGAACUGCUGCCAGGUGGGUCCUUCAGCAGGCCACAAAUGACCUAGUUUCAUUUUAAGCAGAUAGACUCUGUUUGGCCUAGGGGCGUGGAGUGAGAGAACUGUGUGUGUGGGUAUGAGUCUGUAUGGCCAACCCCAUGACCCCACCCCUCCAGCCCAACAUCCUGUGAGCACAUGUGACCUAGGCCCCAGGGACCUGUCUGCUCCUCUGGCUUGGGCUCUUGGCGUUUCCUACCUGCCCUCGGCACCAGCCCUUGGUGGCAUCCCAGUUGGCCACUCAGCUGCUCUGUGCUGGCAACUGCAAGGAUAGGAAUAGCUCAGCGCCCGAUGAGCUCCCUGGGCAGAUGUGAGGCUGGCAAUUCCCCUGCCCUCUGUUUUCAGGCAUAGGCCAUGGGGCACAGGGUCACAGUCCCAUGAAAGACAACUGGAGUCUGACCUCCCAGCCAUCUCUGGGGUUACUGGGAGACAGCUGGAUAGCAGGUAUGAGAGGCCCAGAUAGCCAAGUUGUUGCAAGACAGAGUGGCUACAAUUGAAUUGACCCCCUGGGAAAAACGAGGUAACACAGUAAGGAUAAUGAUGCUCUAGAUGUCUGCGUCCUCGGAGGCUGGGCUCCGCUUGGCAGAGAGAGCGUGGUGUGUGAGGUGGAGGGCGGCUUUGCAGACAUCUCAGCUUCUUUUCUGAGGAGGAGUUGGUUCUCAUCUUAGGCUUCUGCAAGGGCGAUCAUGGGACGUUUCUACCGCCACCCACUCUUGGAGCUGUGCUGGGUCUUGGCUUGGGGCCCUGAGGGUGGGGCCUGUGUCAAAAGCAUUUGGUGAGAUGGGUAGAGGUGGCAGGCAGGUGUUCUCAGGAUUCCCUGACAGGUCCCUUCAGCAGAGACCUGGGAGGAGGUCUUUGCUCUCCAAGUGCCACAUCAUGUGGGAGGUUUCUUCCCUAAAGAAAAAGACACAGGAAAGUUGUCUGUCUGUGCGCUGCUCUGGAUGUAUCGUCGUACUUGGACCUAGAAGGGGGAAUGCUUCCCUCACCCUUUCACUUUCUUUCUGAACCCCUGUUAAGUGAUGACUGCAGAUUCUGGAAACAGUUAGCUACCCAUGACUCAGGUGCCAGCUUCAUUUUCUCUGCCUUUUGGGAGAGGUCCUCUCACCCAGGCCCAAGAGAUUUGGAGACAGGAGUCAGGCCAGGUCUGGAGCAGGAGAAGGGAGGCCCCUCCUGUCUACCCAGUUGAAAUUUGGCUUUGGGAAAAGCACAGCUCGUUCGAGCUACAUGUGCCAAGCAGGCUUUUCCUUCCUCUUGUAAGUAAAGUUCAUGGUUCUGCAGUCCCCUCAUCCUAGGAGGGUUGUAUUGACUGAGACUUCAAGCUCUCCCUUUGUCUCUGGAAACUGCCCCCUGGUUCUGACAGAAUCCCCCAGGCAAUGGAGGAAGGAUGCCAAGGCGCCUCUACUCCGUGCCUUUGCUGUUGGAAGCAUUUGGUGCUGAGAGGGUUUCCCAACCACCCCCUCCCUUUCUGGGACCAUGGUGUCGCUGCUGUGUGUCAGUGGCAUGUCACUGUGGUUCAGUGAGCACAUGGGUGGACGUGCAGAGACUAUCUGCUCAUGCCCCUGGGGUGAGGACACAGGCUCUGCAGGGCGUCUCCCCCUCUGGCUCAGUCAUUGCCUGCCCACCCUUCACUUCUUAAAGGUGCACAAGAGAGGAGGGCCGGCUGGAGGGUGUUGUCGGAAGGUCUCAGCCUGCCCUUCACAAUUCCCCUUGUGCACAGCCCAGUUUCCAUUGCUCAGGGCCCACCCAGGAAAAUGGAUUUCAAAUGGGGGUUUUCAUCCAGAGAUUUGUUUAACACAAAACAAGAAAAGCUGAGAGGCAAAACAGGGGAGUGAGGGGCAACCCAGAGGUGGGAACAGCAACAGCAAGCUGCCCCCAUCCUGAAACUGGCUGGGCACCAUGGGAGGACGCGUCACCAGAGCCUGGGGCCAAGGCCACUGGGGGACCUGCCAUACCGCGGACCUGUCUGGUGGGAGCUGGAGCCUUGAGAAGCCACGGUUCUUGUCAGAAUCAUUUCCCCAGGCGGAGAGAGGGGGCCCCGGCUUCUCCCCUCCUCUUGGCCUCCAGAGUCCUACAAGUGCCUCACAAUAGUGAAACCCAGUUGGAAGCAGCUGCCCUGGGAGCCUGGGACAGGCAACCCACCAGGUCAGUCCCCUGCCACUCAGAGCAGAGCAGAACAGCAGGCUGAGGGCAAGCAGGUGGGGCUGUGCAUGGCCUCAGUGCACUCGGUGUCAUGUCUGAGCCUGGUGUUCAUGCCCCACUGCUGUCCUAAGUCCCUGGCGAGGGGAGGCGGAGGAGCUGCCCCGUGGGUGUUUGGAGAUUCUGUUUUACUCUGCCAUGGAGGAAAUGGUUUUGGGGAGGGAGGGGGAAGCCUUUAUUCUUUACUGUUGUCCCUGUUUUCCUUUGGGGGAAUUUACCCAGUUAGCAGCCCCUCCUCACCAUUCCCCCCAGGAAGGCCAUGUCCCAGUUUGCUGUCCACCCCUCCUGUUCCUCUGCACCGUGUCUCUGAUUUUCCCUGCCAGGGAAGCUAACCCAGAGCACGCACCCAUGCUCAUGAGUGUUUCCCCAGGAUAAUUCGUUCUGAGCAUGAUGCCACAGUGUGGACUGUCUGUCUGUAAGAAGACGCCAUCUACUAACUAAUUUGUAUUGUGUUUCCAAUAAAUUCCUGGAAAUUUUG